AAAGCAUCAUCAACAUAUACUAAACCGCUAACUGUUUGAGCUUAACCUAUCAUCAUGGACCCUUCACCCUUUACUUAAUAUAUUACUCAAUCUUUUGCGCGUUAAACUCUGCACUUUCACAAAACUAAUUUAAGCUUAAGAAACAAGGUGCAUUCCUCCGCAAAAACCCUCUUUUAUUCAUUUGUUCGUGCGUGCAAGUCAUUGAUUCAUAAAUCACAGCAUUGCUUCGUAUCUCGCAAGUAACCACACUUUCAUUUCUCAUUUUCUAUCUGGAAAGCUCUCAAAGGUUAUUUAAUUUACAGCAAUGGGAGGGCGUAUGAGUAAGAAGACCCCUGGAACGCCGUCUGAUAUCAACCUUAAUGCUGAUAUGGUAACGCAGCUGAGGUCAUAUGAAGCUGCCUGCAAGCUUGACUCAGAUUUGCAGUCAUUUGACACUAACCUUCAAGCUCGAACGAAUCAGGUCAUCAAUUCUCUUGCAGUUGGAGUUGAAGUUCGAUCUCUUUCGUUUGAUUCACUCAGACAAGUCACCGAAUGUCUACUUGAGAUGAAUCAGGAAGUUGUCAAGGUGAUACUGGACUGUAAGAAAGAUAUAUGGGAGAGUCAAGAACUGUUUGAGCUUGUUGAGGAGUAUUUCGAUAAUAGCUUGAAGACUCUAGAUUUCUGCAACGCUUUAGACAAGUGCUUGAAGAGAGCUAGGGAUAGUCAGUUGCUUAUUCAUCUUGCUCUUCAAAGGUUUGAAGAAGAAUCUGUGUCGGGAGACAAUUGCUAUGCGAGGACGCUACAGGAGCUGAAGAAUUUUAAGGCUGUCGGUGAUCCUUUCACAGAAGAAUUCUUCCAAAUAUAUCAAUCUGUUUAUAAUCAGCAAGUACUCAUGCUUGAGAAGUUGCAACUCAGAAAAGGCAAGGUUGAUAAGAAGCUGAAACAAAUUCGUACUUGGAAGAAGGUCUCGCUUAUCAUAUUUGUUGCCACGGUUGCUUCUGUGUUAAUCUGCUCGGUUGUAGCUGCAGCCGUUGCUUCGCCGCACGUUGCGGCUGCUCUAGCUGCUCUUACUGCUAUACCAGUCGGUUCAAUGGGAAAGUGGAUUGAUUCCUUGAUGAAGAACUAUGAAAAUGCAUUGAAAGGACAUAAAGAAGUUACUAUCGCAUUGGAAGUUGGAUCCUAUGUAGCUAUAAAGGAUUUGGACAAUAUACGGAUUCUAGUUAAUCGACUUGAAGUUGAGAUUGAAUCCUUAAAGACGAAUGUGGAUUUUGCCAUCGAGGAAGAAGAAGAAGGGGUGAAAGUUGCAAUAGAGGAAGUAAAGAAGAAGUUGGGAGUUUUUAUGAAGAAUGUCGAAGAUUUAGGAGCUCAAGCUGAUACAUGUAGCCGUGACAUUAUAAGGGCAAGGACGGUGGUUCUACAAAAAAUUGUUAAACUUCCGCACAAGUGAAGACGUUUUCCUGUAUUGUCAACCAGUAUUUGCUGUUGUGGAAUUAAUCUAUUCCUGGUUCUUGUGAAAUUUAUUGAUUUUCAGUUAUCAUGGAUCCAUGCAAACUUGGGUUUUUCUGUUACAGUACAAAGCUGACUUUUAUUUAUUUGGAAUGUGUUGGAAGCUAAAACUUUUCAUCAUUUUCAAGACUUUAGGGUGCUUCUGUUUGCAACUAUAUUUUGUAAUGUAACAUCUAUUUGUGUUUAGCUUCUUGUUUGUUUAUAAAACUGUCUCUUUCUC